AAGUUUACACUUACCAUAUUCUUCGUUUAACUUCAUAUCUGCAAUCUCUUUCUCUGUGUUCGGCAGACCUUCGUGCUAGUUCGUCGCUCCUCUUCUUGAUUCAGUGAAAUGUACAAUGGACUUGGAUUACGGACCCCCAGGGGUUCCGGUACCAGCGGAUACAUACAGACCAACAAGUUCUUCGGGAAGCCUAAAAGUGUGAAGGUCCACCCGGGCAAGGGGUUUGAUGAAGUCACUGGUGCAGCCACCACCAUCAAGGAUUCAGAUACACGAACCCACCAGAUUGUUGCUCGAAAGGAGAAGCAGAUGGAAACACUAAGAGCUGCUCUUGGGAUAGGCACAUCUGAGUUUGACAAACAAAAGAAGCUGUACAUUUAUUCAAAUUCUGAAGAUUGUGAUGAUGAUGAUGAUAAAGCAAGACAUAAACUGAAAAAAGGCCUUAAUGAUGAUGGUAAGCAGCAUGGGGAAGAUUCUGACAAUGGAAAUGAUGAUGUGAGAAGGGGUGUUAAAAGUAGGAAGAAUGAAGGGGAGGAGAAGCUUCUUGAUUCAAGAAGCCACAAGAAGCAAGAAAGCAGAAGAAGAAACCACGGGGAUGAUUCUUCUGAUACAGGUAGUAGCGGGGAGCAUGUGAGGAGGAUCAAGAAGAAGCAUCGGAAAAGUAAUCUGGGGAGUGCUUCCGAAAGUGAUUCUGAUAAUGAUGUUGGGAACAAGAAGAUGCAAAAAUCAAGAUGGAAGCACAAGAAAAGUAGGAGACAUGACAGUGAUGAUUUUGAUUCUGAUUCUGAUGAAGAACAUUAUUUCAAACAAAAAUCUGGAGUGCACUUUGAAGAUGUGAGAAGGCGUAGUAAGGUGGAAGCAAAGUGGACAGAUAAAAACAUUGCGCCGGAGGAGAAAUUGGAGACCUUUGAGCUGGAUUAUGAUGUCAAAAGUGACGGUCGGAAUGGUUAUGAGGCAGCAAGCUAUGCAGAUUUCAUUGACAGAUUUGAGGCCAGGGAUGAAUCCAGGAAGAGGUAUCCGAAGCAGCAAUUUCUUCGAAGAUCUGAGGAGAAAAGCAACCAGCAAAAUGGAGAAUGUGGGGUGAGUUAUGACGAAGUUAAGAAGCAUGUGCGUACUGAAUGUUAGGAAUGUGCUUAGAAAUCUAGAUGCCAACUCUGGGUACUACAAUCCGAAAGCGUCCUCUUCCUGAUAUGUAUCCAAAGGAUAAAUUCUAUACCGGAACUAAUCAAAAACAGUAAGGAACAACUAAAGGCGCAUAUGAAGCAGAGCCUUGGAGAGAAGUAUGGCGGCAUUAACAAGAUGCUACAAUUUCUACCUUCCUAUUAACAGAGAAAGCACAAUAAUAUGGGAAAUUUGAAGAUUAACAAGUUUCUUCAAGCGAAUCACAACAUAUUUUUAAAAUCUCGGUGUGGUUAUCAUCCAUAUUUGGAAUCAGACAGGAAAAUUAUUAUUUUUUCAUUAAUGUGUGAAAUGUACAAUUGUAGUAUUGUACAAUGGUUUGGCCCGUAAAAAACGAGCUAAGCAUAAGCUCAUGCUUAGCUCGGGACAUUUAGGAGUGCAAAGUGGGCAAGCCCAACCUGAAGUAGCCCAUUAAGGGCAAAUCGAAAAGUCGUUGGUCAAGGGCUAUAUGGCACCUCAAAAAGAGAGAAGGAAGUUACAUACACAUAUGAUUCACCGUAGACGUAUUAUCCGGUUUAUAAUUCUGAUAUUAUUAAAUAUUCUUAUUAA